ACACUCAGGAAAGACAUCCCAACGAAGAGCACGAAGUCAUCGAUAUUAUGAAAAUUCCACAAAAUUCAAAGAAAAUGUUAAAAUUUUCUGUCGAAAGGAUUCUUGAAGAAGACCAACACUUUAAGAAAACUCAACAUAACUUCCCAUCAAAUGAUGUGACCGCAUAUAUGGAGAGUCGAUCGGUGGCCCCGCAUCCCAGUCCAGCGCAACCCAAGUAUAUCGACUCAUACUAUCUCUCGCAAUGUAUAGCCGUUAACAAUACAAUGGUUUCGCCGUAUAAUUACGAGUGGUAUACAUAUCGAAACGGUUUGGGUCCCUAUUCGACCGACGCCUAUGUCGGUCAUCACAAUCUAUUCAAUCACUCGAAUGUGAGAAAUAGCGACCAAACGGCCAAUCAGUCACCGAAGAGGAAGAACUCCGGGAGAGCUGUUUUCCAUUCGCUUCAACGAAAAGGUCUCGAAAGACGAUUUCAAAAGCAAAAGUAUAUCACAAAACCCGAGCGACAAAACCUGGCGCAGAGUCUUAACCUCAGCGACUCUCAAGUAAAAGUUUGGUUUCAGAAUCGUCGGAUGAAAUGGAGGCACUCAAAGGAAUUCAAAGAAGAUAUCAAACAUACAUCCAAUAGAGAGCAACAACUGAUCACAAGUUUCCCAACAAAUAAGAUCACAAUUGAGUUGAACACUAAAACAGAUGCCAAUUAAAAGUGCAUAUAAUUGCCAUUAACUUAACAUUAAAUGUUUGAGAUUUUAAAAUAAUUUUGGCUUAUUUUUGUGAAUCUCUACUUAAAAAUAUUAUAAGC